AUGGCCUUGAAUGCGCCUCGGCUGCAGCUGAAUCGCUGGGCUGCGCGCCUCACCGCCAUCACCCACCAGAGCCCGCGCGACUGCAGACAGCGGAAAAGGGCGAAGAUCUUUGUCUUCUUUGGGACUCCGUACGGACUCAAAAGGAGCCACUUGUUGAAAGGCAGCUGCAUAAUUGGAAAGAAGGACGUUGGGUUCCCAUUUAGGGCGCGUCGCGGCGCCUGUUCAAGAGCAGCAGCACCACCCACCGCGUGGCACUGA